CCACGAGUUAUCAUGAGAUGAAAUGGACGAGGAUGACUCAGCAUACGUGGAAGAGGGACAACUUAAAGAUCGGAUGAUGAAGGUCUUCAACAAAAUUUGUGCGCUGAAAAAAGUGAAUAAUUCGACGGGACGGCAUAUCGAACGUAAAAUAUGCGUAACUUGCACCAGGUUUCCAGAAAUUAAUAAAAAAGUUGAACAAUACGUGAACCGGAGUCAAAAAUUUCCAGAUUUUUUUUCCGUUUUAUUUCUUGUAAAAAGAGCGAACAUAAAACACUCGUUAAUGUUAAGUGAAGCAAGCAUUCAACAAAUUGCAAGGUCUGCGUUUACUGAAGUAGGAGAAGCCAUACAGAAAAGAAGAAGAACCGAUGAUUUAUUAAACCGCGGAUGUUAUUUAACGGAAAAAAUCGAGGAAAUGCAAGAUCCCGCUGAAACUGAUAAAUUAUUAGAAGAAAAACUAAACCAAAACGGCAAAGAAGCAAGAACUAAAUUAACGUCAGUAAUUGAAAACUUCUGUAAGCGCCAAACGGAAAUUGAAUCCGUCAUUCCUAAAUCUAAUCAAGACAGUAGCGAUCACGAAAAUGACCCCGAGUGCGGCAGUGACCCGCCAAGUGACGAUAAUGAAGAUUCUGAAGAGUCUGAUUGUGAUGCAGACAAUGGUACUGAUGACAUCACAAUAAAAAAGUCCGAAACGGAUAAUGACAUCAUAGAUAUGACUAAUUCAGAUUAGCUGCCUUCACUUUUGUGCAAUGUCGUUUUUUAAGGAUAUAAGAAGAAAAUUGUUAUAAAUUGUCAUUUUAUACCGAAAACUGCCGAAUUGUGUUCAUAAUACCACCUUAUGCAGACUGU